CUUGUCGCUAGGAUGUCACUGCCGGCGGAAGCAAGUCUUACCAUGAGAGAGGUGGUAUUUAUCAGCCCGAUAUCUCGAUGUGAAGGUCGAGGAAGUACCUUUCUGUGGUAUCGCCUCUCGUAGAAACCGCUGAAGCACUAACGAUGGCAUUAUGCCGAGUGAUGACUCCUCUCUUCCUCUUGACAGUAUUUAUAUCCUAUUCCCUUGCUGCACCAUACCUCAACGGGACCACUAGGACAUACUAUGUGGCGGCUGUGGAGCAAGACUGGGAUUAUAUGCCCACUUCAGUCACACUACCAAGUGCAUUAGAGGGACACAUCAGCUGAUAUGGGACAGUGGUAUGGACAUGCUGAACGGUGUGCCCAUCGAAGACUCUCCGCAAGCCGCUGCAGUCGCAGGUCAGAAUGGGCAAAGAAUCGGACAUGUGUACAAAAAAGUCCUUUUUCGCGAAUACACUGACGACGGCUUUACCAUCCAAACGGCCCGUCCAAGCGUUUGUCAAUCUCGGACACUGGAUCGCGGCGACGAGGUUACUGAUCUAACUUCAUAGUGGCUCGGCAUGCUUGGUCCGAUUAUCCGCGCCGAAGUCGGUGACACCGUGAAGGUUGUCUUCCGCAACAUGGCGUCCCACAACCACACAAUGCACCCGCAUGGAUUCCGUUAUGCAAAGAGCAGCGAAGGAGUCUCUGAUGCCAUGCAAAUGUUUGAUGGUAAUGCUGUGCCACCAGGGGACUUGGACGUAUACAUGGGAAGCCCCAGAACGUUCUGGCCCAGGCCCACUGGAUCCUCCGGGGCUUGCUUGGACCUAUCAUUCAGACGCUGCAGGUACUCAAGACGUAUUCAGUGGUCUUGUGGGUGCUUCGAUCAUCUAUCGUCCCGGGGAACUGGCAAAACAUACUUUAGAUGUCCCAGCCCCUCCCGGCUCGAAUCUGAUCGAGGAAGUACUGACGCUCUUUUUGAUCGUGGACGAAAAUCAAUCGUACUAUAUCGACGAGAACACGCUUAACAGGACCAGUAUUUCCGAAGGCCAGCUUCAGGUAAACAGAAUGGAUGCCGGCUUCCAAGAAAGCAAUCUGAAACACAGCAUCAAUGGUUUCAUGUUCGGCAAUCUCAUGGGCAUCAACCUUACUGUAGGCACUCAGGCCACCUGGCAUGUUGAAGCGCUGGGGAACGUUGUCAAUGCGCAUACACCUCACUGGCACGGGAACACACUGAUGUGGGCACAGCAGCGAAUUGAUAUCAUUAGUGUUCUACCUGCACAAACAAGGUCAUUGGUCAUGACGGUUGAUAACCCUGGCUCCUGGAUCCAUCACUGCCAAGUUCUCAAUCAUCGUGAUAUGGGAAUGAUUUCCAUGUACACGGCAGGCUGAAUUUCUUCAUGUGGCAUUUACAGCGAUGGAAACUGACGCCGUUACCCUACGGCCUACCGACCUAAUAUGGAAAAUUUCAAAUUCACAAUUUAAUCCGCAGGGAGGAAUGAGGAACCAUGAAAGCCUUAAGCACAUUCUCUUGCAGCAACCUUGGCUACUAAGUUGAACGCACAUUGCAUUACAGACCCUGCCGGGACUUGUUGAGCUUUUAAUAUGCACGGCGCAUCAUCUAGACUGGCACACGGAGGAGGACACACUCUUUAAUUCAGAUUUAAAACCAUGCCGAUAUAGGUAGCCAAAUGCUUGGUUUGCUGUUCACAAAACUGAUUGCUGCGCUCGGAAAGUAGUGAUGGAUGGAUCAGCACGAAGUAUGAAUAAAAGAUCACGAAAUUUAUUGACACAAUAGGGGAGGAGCUGAAAACAGGUGAAAUUAGUGAGACACAAGACAUCAUAUCUUGCAUCAAGUUGAGAAUCUUCUCCGUGCGUUCCCCGGUUUUUCCUGAUCCCCAAAUUCGGAGUAGCACCUAUUUUGUAUGUGGUCAAGAUCUUGAUUGAGCACUCUGCCGGUGCAGGACGGUGCAAAGAGAACACGUCUUAAUCGUCCGUCUCCCCGUGGACAAGAGUCAGACACUUGGGG